AUGGCGGAACAACAAACAUCUCAAGCCCCAAGACAAUUACUUCAAAUGGUGAAGUUCAUUGAAUUUGAGGCGAAUUCCAAACGCCAAGAGAUCCAAUCGAAUGCCGAACAGGAGUGUGAACGCGACAAAGCAAGUUUCAUAGAAAAGGAACGUAAGAAGAUAGAAGCCGACUACAUUCAUAAAGUCAAAGAAGCUGAAGUCAAAAAGAAAAUUGCCUUUUCCCAAGAACUGAGUGCUUCUCGUUUAAAACUUCUUGAGUCGGAAGAUAAGCACAUCGAGGACUUGAUGACUCUUGUCAAAGACAAACUUCAAAAACAAAUUCUGAACGAGGACUACAACGACCUUCUUGUCAAACUUAUUAAGGAAGGCGUUAAAAAGGUCGAAGAUAAGAAAGUCACUAUCAUGUGCAUCAAAAACGACUUAGAAAAGGUCAAAAAGGCUAUCGAUAUCGUGACUAAAGAGGAUAACUCAAUUAAAAUCACUUUGGAUCAAACCCAUUUCUUGGACCAAACCGCUAUUGGCGGGGUUGCUGUAGCUUCGAUGGGAGAUAAAAUCGUAUGUUACAACACUUUGGAACAUCGAAUGAAUUCCGCUUUGAUGAUCUCACUCCCACAAGUCCGUGUAACAGUUUUCCCUUCACUUAAGACGAGAAAACAGAAGAAUUGA